GCUUGCACCGAACGAUGGCGCGACGACAUGAGCAAACUGGGUUUCUGCGUGCGUGGGCUUUUGCUCUUGGAGUUAUGUCUUCAAUGGCUUCAGCUGCAAUCGUGGAGCACAUAUUCAAUGUGGAGAACGCGACAGUGAGGAAAUUAUGCCACGACCGUGUGAUCACUGCAGUGAACGGAGCUCUUCCUGGCCCGACGAUUCAAGUCACGGAAGGCGACACACUUGUCGUUUACGUCUUCAACAAGUCCCCAUACAACGUCACUAUUCACUGGCACGGAGUGCUACAAUUAUUGAGUGGCUGGGCAGAUGGACCAAAUUACUUUACACAGUGUCCAAUUCGUCCGGGACAUAGUUAUAUCCAGAAAUUUACUAUCACUAAACAAGAAGGCACACUUUGGUGGCAUGCUCACGUCUCAUUGCUCCGCGCCACCGUCUACGGUGCUCUCAUCAUCCGUCCCAAGUCGGGUCACUACCCAUUUCCCACACCCCACAAAGAAUUUCCUAUUAUUCUAGGAGAGUGGUGGAACGGAAAUGUGAUCGAUAUGCAGAACCAGGCACAAGCGCUCGGCGUGCCGCCUGCCAAUUCAGAUGCAUACACCAUUAAUGGACGGCCCGGAGAUCUCUAUCCUUGCUCCAGAAAGCAUACCUACAAGCUAAAGGUGGUGCAGAGAAGGAUCUACAUGCUUCGCAUCAUUAAUGCUGCACUCAAUAACCAACUUUUCUUCAAGAUAGCCAAUCACAAGUUCACUGUCGUCGCCGUCGACGCCUCAUACACUAACCCCUAUGUCACCGACGUCGUCGUCCUCGCCCCGGGCCACACGGUCGAUGUGCUCCUCACCACGGACCAGACCGGGGCCUACAUGGCAGCCCGCCCAUACGUUAGCGCCCAGAAUGCUCCGCCGCCCAACAACACCGCCACGACCGGGAUCCUCAUUUACGACAAGCUGCACUACACGAGCCCAAUCAUGCCUCUCUUGCCGGCCCUCAACGACACCCCCACGGCCCACAAGUUCUCCUCCUCCUUGACCAGCCUCGUCGGGAGCCCGAAUUGGUUGCCGGUGCCAACUAAGGUGGAUGAGCAAAUGUUCGUGACCAUCGGACUGAGCCUCUCCCCAUGCGGGUCGACGGCCACGUGUAAGGCAAUUCCCAAUAUCCCCUCCCUCCGGUUGUCUGCAAACAUGAACAACGCGUCGUUCCAAGUCCCCACGAGGCUGUCCCUCUUGCAAGCGCACUACUUCAACGUGAAAGGGAUCUACACCCCCGAUUUCCCCGACCAGCCGCCGCUGAAAUUCGAUUACACGAACCCCGCUAACAGCAACAACACAGCGUUCGCGUUCGCGCCCCAGAGCACGAGGGUGAAGCAAGUGAAGUACAACGCGACGGUCGAGAUCGUGUUCCAGGACACAACGAUCAUCGGUGCGGAGAAUCACCCUAUGCACUUGCACGGCUACAAUUUCCACGUGGUGGGGCAAGGGUUCGGGAACUUCGAGCCGGUAAAGGAUCGGAAGAAGUUCAAUCUCUUCAACCCGGUGAUACGUAACACGAUCGGUGUGCCCGUGGGAGGUUGGGCUGCCAUCAGAUUCCAAGCAAAUAAUCCAGGUGUAUGGAUAUUGCACUGUCACCUGGACAGCCACUUGACUAUGGGACUAGCGACGGCUUUUGUCGUCGAGAACGGGCCCACCCCAUCGUCGACAUUGCCACCGCCUCCUCCCGAUCUGCCUCAGUGUUAGGACCAAGAGAACGCAAUACAUGCUUCCAACUUGUCCGGGCAGUUAGGCUAUCCUUUUCCAUUAUUUCUUACUUGCAACCCCAUUAUGAUUAGUCAUCUGCUGCUUCGUUUCUUUGAAAACGCGGUUAUGAUGAAGAGAGUUCAUGUUUUCCCAUCCUUCGGUCCAAAUGCCUUUGGCUUAAGUAAAAACACUGCAAAUUAGGAAGCAAGGAUAAGAGUCUCUUGCAUCCAUCUUGGUUGUAACUCUGUACGUAUUUAAAUUCCAAUAAAGACGUAUCGCAAGAUCUUCUACAG